ACAAGUUUCUCAUUUGAAAUGCUUUGCUCAAGGGAAAACAUUCUCUGAUGAGAACAGUCUUAUUGAUAUGAUGGAUGAUUUGGAUGGAUUGUCUCAUUUUAAAGAUAUUCCAGAUUCUUUUGUUGGCAUUCCAGAAAGCAAAUACCCCCUGGUUGUUACAUUUCGCAAGUUCUUGAUGAUGUUUGAUGGAACAUUGCAGACUUCAUAUUUUGACCGUUUCCAUGACAAGAGGUUAACCACCGUAGAAACUUUCAUAAGAACAAAGGAGGUUAACUUUGACCGCUUUUGUUGCUUGUAUUGGCCUCAUUUCAACUCCCAACUGAGAAAUCAUCAUGAUGCCGCAAAGGUGUUCACCGAAAUCAUUUCACAUAUAAAGGGAGGACUGCGAGUAUGUGAGGCCCGUAAUGCUAAACUCAGCCGGGAGAAGUACAUUUCAAUGUCUGAGAAUAGGGCAUCGACUUUGAAUGAGAAUAAGAGACAGGAAAUUUAUGACAUCUUUCUUGAUUAUGAAAAAAUGAAGAUGGAGCGAGGGGAAUUUGAUUUGGCUGAUUUAGUGAAUGACCUCCAUCUUCGGUUGAAUGAGGAAAAUUUGGAGGGUGACAAAAUGGAUUUUGUAUAUAUUGAUGAAGUUCAAGAUCUCACGAUGAGACAGAUUUCACUCUUCAAGUAUAUUUGCCACAAUGUUGAUGAAGGCUUUGUGUUCUCUGGUGAUACAGCCCAGACAAUUGCUAGGGGUAUAGAAUUUAGGUUUGAAGACGUGCGGACUUUGUUCUAUGAGGAGUUUGUGAUGAAAGGUGGCCGGCAUGCUACACGUAAAGAUAAAGGCCAUCUUGCUGCAAUUUCAUGUUUACUUCAGAACUUUCGCACACAUGCUGGUGUUCUGAGGCUUGCACAGAGUGUGAUUGAUAUACUCUCUCACUAUUUCCCUCUCUCCAUCGAUGCUCUGGAACCAGAGACCAGUCUCAUAUAUGGUGAAGCUCCAGUGCUGCUAAGACAAGGAAGCAAUGAAAAUGCUAUUGUAACUAUCUUUGGUAACAGCGGUAGUGUUAGUGGGAAGAUGGUAGGAUUUGGUGCGGAACAAGUGAUAUUAGUGCGCGAUGAGUCUGCCAAAGAGGAAGUUUCUGCUCUUGUUGGAAAACAAGCGCUUAUUCUAACAAUAGUUGAAUGUAAAGGAUUGGAGUUUCAAGACGUGCUGCUGUACAACUUUUUUGGUACUUCACCACUGAGAAGCCAGUGGAGAGUAGUGUAUGAAUUUAUGAAACACCAUGAUUUACUCGACUCGAGAUUUUCUCAGAGCUUCCCUUGUUUUACUGAAGCAAGGCACACAAUUAUGUGUUCUGAACUGAAGCAGCUAUAUGUUGCUGUAACUCGGACAAGGCAACGAUUAUGGAUCUAUGAACGAGUUGAGGAGCUUUCAAAACCCAUGUUUGAUUACUGGAUGAAACUGGGCCUUGUGGAAGUAAGGGAUGUUGAUGAAUCUCUUGCACAAGCUAUGCGCUUGGCAAGCACCCCCGAGCAAUGGAAAUCUCGCGGAUUGAAACUCCUCUGGGAGAAAAAUUAUGAAAUGGCGAUCAUGUGUUUUGAACGAGCUGGAGAAAAGACACUUGAGAAGCAAGCUAAAGCAUCCAGUCUCCGGGAAACUGCUUACCGGAUGCAAGAUUCAAAUCCCAAAGCCUCUAACUCUAAUCUUAGGGAAGCUGCUGAAAUAUUUGAGUCGAUUGGAAGGUUCAAGUCUGCUGCUGAAUGUUUCUGUGACUUGAAGGAAUAUGAACGUGCAGGAACUAUGUACUUGAAGAAAUGUGGUGAACAUGAGCAGAAAAAGGCUGCCGAGUGUUUUACAUUGGCGGGAUGUUAUGAAACUGCAGCAGAAAUAUAUGCAAAGCAAAACUGUUUCUCGGAGUGUUUAUCAGUUUGCAGCGUUGGGCACCUUUAUGAAUUGGGAUUUCAAUAUGUAGAACAAUGGAAACAAUAUGCUGCCCAUCAUAAUGAUUUGGGUGAAAGGGCGAAGGAAUUAGAUAGAAUCGAGCAGGAAUUUCUAGAAAGGUGUGCAUCUAAUUACUUAGAGUGCAAUGACAAGAGAUCAAUGAUGAAGUUCAUCAAAGCCUUCAAGUCAAUGGAUGACAAGCGGAGGUUCUUGAAGAAUCUGAAUUUUCUGGAUGAGUUAUUACUUUUAGAAGAAGAAGCUGGAAAUUUUGUUGAAGCUGCUGAACUUGCUAAACUGAAAGGGGAUAUUCUACUAGAGGCGGAUCUUCUAAGCAAAGCUGGGAAUUUCAGCAAAGCAACCUCGCGUGUCCUGAAGUAUGUGUUAGCCAAUUCUUUGUGGGUUCGUGGAGGCAAGCCAUGGCCUCUGAAGUCUUUUGAGUCCAAGGACGAACUACUGAAGAAGGCCAUCUCAUUUGCAAGGAAUGAAUCUGAUCCUUUCUAUGAAUCUGUUUGUACUGAGGCAAAGGUGUUGGAACACAACCCAAGCAACAUGUGUGAAUUGAGGCGUGCUCUAAGUGCUUCUGGGAACUGUGGGAGUGUUACAUGUGAAAUUUUAUGUCUCAGAAAAUUUAUAGAUGCACACACUGAGGUUCGAGCAGCAAGUUAUUCAUGGGAAGAUGAGUUUCCGGUUGACAUGAAUUUCCCGGAUGAUACAAUGUUCUGUAACCAGCUCUCCAUUGGAUCCCUCUGUCACUUUUGGAAUUUAUGGAAGAAAAAUGCAUUUGACAUUCUUGAAUCCCUCCAUUGUCUUGAGGUAACCCAAGAUUUUGGUAAAUAUAGUGGCUUUGGUGAGUUCUGCCUGAGCUAUUUUGGUGUGAGGCGACAGUUCAGUGAUACGAAAGCCAACUAUGCUGUUUUAAAUCCUGAAGCUGAUUGGUUUACAAAGGUGAACAAGAGUUUCAUUAGGCAGGAUAACCAAAUGUUCUCAAUUGAUGACAGGCAGUUUAUACUUGCUGCUCGGAAUUACUGGCAGAGUGAGGUAAUCUCUGUAGGUGUCAAGGUUCUGGAAAUACUCAAAUCUAUUUAUGAUAGCAUUUCCAUGCAGUCAUUCUAUGUGUUUAGACAAGCCUUGUGCCUGAUUAAUAUAUAUCAGAUCUCAAAGAGUCUUCUUGAGUCCAAGGAGUUAAAUAGCAAGAAUUAUGAGGGGAAGCUAGUCAAUUUCUUUCAGCUCUCGUUGAGGUACUUUGAUGCCAUGUUUCCUAUUCAUUUUCGGGUGUCUACGGAAGAAAACAUGAUUUCUAUGCGAGGAACUGAAGUUUCAAGAAGUUUACUUGAAGAGUACAUCAGCUGUGAUCAUAGUAGAAAAGGUGAACCUGUUGCUACACUUGGGCAAAUCGGACGAUUUGUGAUGAUAUGGUUUGGUUCUGCCAAACCUGCAGAUGAACUGUGCAAUAAGGUCAUGUCAAGAAUAAGAGGUGGUUCAGCAUGGUUGGCUUUCGUAGAUAGUCUAAGGAGCGAGAAGGAGCCAAGGGAGUUAGUUCACAGGUUCCAUCAAGCUUUGCUAGAAACAUAUCAAACCUAUUGGCGCAACAUGAAUGACUAUAUUUCACCUCACUGCUUUCUAUAUCUUGUGGAGCGUUUCUUAGAUUUGGUUUUCUGCUCCAAUCCCACCUUUUUCACAACCAAGUCGUCUUUCGUGGAGUGGUUGAUGCUUCAGAAACCAGAUGCCAUUGUCACUUGCAGCUUUCAACCUCCAGAGCCUUACAUGUUCUAUGAAUCCAUUCUCCCCAUGCUGCAUGAUCUGCUCUUCAAGAAUGUUGAGAGAGGUGAAUGGGUUGGGAAGUUUGGAGUUGAAUCUCGCGAAUAUCACAAAUCGCUGGUUUUGAGGCUGGCGAUUAUUCUCUGCACAAUUUGCAUGAACUAUGACGCUGCUGGACCCGUGAAUAUUCUCAACAAAGCACUUAAUACCUAUUAUGUUUCGUGUAACCUUCCACGAGAGUUCACUCAAGCUUUUAGAAGAGGGGGGAAAGUGUAUGUAGACCGAGAAAGAAUUGCUGCUGCUCUCUGUGCAAUAGGGAACCCUGUUUUUCAUGUGUGGGUGAAUCAAAAUGCUCCAAGAUUUGUGUGUCCCAGCGCUGUUCGGAUACAAAUCAGCGUGAAUUCUAGUAGAGAAGACAUCAUGGAGAUGGUGUUCCCAAGGAAAAGAGCUGCUUCAGCCGGGCACGAAGAACAACAAGAAGAUGCUGGUAAGAAGAUGAAUCCAUGCUGUCUGCUUCCCCUGAGUGUGUAUCAUGGCAAUAAGAGUUCUGUAAUGGAAUCCUCCCCAGCCAUCAAAGAAGCCCCCAUGCAAAAUCAGGCACCAAAGGUCGAGGAGGAGGAGGAGAAAAGCACAUUGCAAAUGAAAUGGUCUGUUUUGGAUGAAGCUUCCGACUUCCUGAAAUUAAAGGAGGAUUUGGAUGAAUGCAUGAAAUUUACCACUGCUGUGCUUGAUUAUUUGACUGGGAAGAAGGAGGUGGCAUCCUCUUGGGAAGACACAAAUAUUUGUGAGGAAGUACAAGGCUUUCUUCAAGAACUCAAACAACUGUCAGACUAUUUGGAUACCAGUUGCGAAGAGGAGAAGCGCGAGAAGGUUGCAGAAGUGCAGGAGAAGCUGUCAUUGCGGAAGCCCAGAGUGGAAGGUUUCCUGGGCAGUGUCACUGUGACAAAAGACAGCGGCAGGAUUACUGUCGUGGAGGCUGAGAAUGAUCAUAAACUGCCUGGAAAUGAAAAUGCAAGCGAAGAAGAUGAUGAGAAGGAGGAGGACGAGUGCUAUAAAGCGAUGGAGUCUGAGAAGGGGAAGAAGAAUCAGGGCAAGCAGCCAAAGCAGCAGCAGCAGCAAGGGAAGAAGAGCAAAAACAAGAACAAAAAACGAAAAGGAGGCCACAAAAAGAAGUGAUUUAAUCUGUUGAACAAUGAAUGAAUCCAUGUGUUUUGUGUUUGUAUAUAUAUGGGUUGGUUGGUCCUUUUGAGAUUCUAAUCUGUUCCUCUUCAUUUGAAACUGGAAUCUGUCUACGUAAAUGCAUGCAUGGCUUCCAUUCAUUAGUCUGUCCACUUUCCACACUAUUUUGACACCACUAUCCCAUGAGGGUAGUGAUCCGAAAUUCAUUGAAUAACACACAUCUUAGAAAUAACUAUUAACCUGCACAACACAAGUGAUUAGGAAAAAGUAUUUUCAUAAACAUGAAUAUAUCUUUUGAUAAUUA